GUUGUUGUUGUAAGUGCUGGAGAAAUUACUUUGUCGGCGCUGGUCCGCUUUGGGAUUUUAACGCUCGGCUCCGCGCACGAAGAUGCUAAAAAGUUAGGGAUUGUCGCCGCGGGAGACGUUCGCGUGGUUUGCGAGGAGGUUCUCGCCGGAAAACUCCAUGGGACGACGGGAACAACCUCUGCGCGGCCGUUCAAGGUGUGGCUGGUAGAGCAGCUCGAGAUAGAGGGUCUCUCCCCCCUCACCCCCUCCCCCCUGGUGCCCUUUCAAGGAGGAGAGCAGUGUCCUCGUUUUGUUUGUUUUUUCUUUUUCUGCCCGGAAGCAACCCUCCAACUUGUGACUUCAUGAUCACAUGACCGUGGAUAUGGACGCAGUCCUAUCCGACUUUGUCCGUUCCACUGGAGCUGAACCGGGAUUGGCCAGAGAUUUGCUAGAGGGCAAGAACUGGGAUUUCACUGCUGCACUCAGUGACUUCGAGCAGCUUCGACAGGUGCAUGCUGGGAACCUGACGUAUUCUUUCGCAGAGGAUAGAACGUACCUGCCUCUGGAAAAGGAGAUGGCGAGGGUAGGACGGCCCAUCCUCCACCGACAGGACGAGGUGGUGCAAGCCACAGAGAAGCGGCUAUCCAGGGGUAUUUCCCACGCCAGUUCAACCAUCGUGUCCCUGGCUCGUUCUCAUGUCUCCAGCACCGGCGGCAGCAGCAAUGAGCCGCUUCUGGACACGCCCCUGUGCACUUUCCAACUACCAGACCUCACCGUGUACCAGGAUGACUUCCGUGGUUUCAUCGAGAGGGAUCUUAUAGAGCAGUCAAUGAUGGUGGCCUUGGAGCAUGCAGGUCGACUGAACUGGUGGACAAAAGUAGUUUCAAACUGUCAGAAUCUGCUUCCGCUGGCCACGAGCGGAGAUGGAAAUUGCCUGUUACACGCAGCCUCGCUGGGCAUGUGGGGCUUUCAUGACCGGGACCUGAUGCUGCGUAAGUCGCUCUACGCGCUGAUGGAUCACGGGCUGGAGAGAGAGGCACUGAAGCGCAGGUGGAGGUGGCAGCAGACCCAGCAGAACAAAGAGUCUGGUCUGGUGUACACGGAGGAGGAGUGGCAGAAGGAGUGGAAUGAACUGUUGAAGUUAGCCUCCAGUGAGCCCAGAAUACACUACAGCACCAACGGCACCAACGGGGCGGAGUCUUCGGAUGAACCAGUUUAUGAGAGUUUGGAGGAGUUUCACGUCUUUGUGCUGGCUCACGUUCUCAGACGACCCAUAGUGGUGGUGGCCGACACCAUGCUCAGGGACUCUGGAGGAGAGGCCUUUGCUCCCAUCCCGUUCGGAGGCAUAUACCUACCGCUGGAGGUGCCAGCUGCUAAGUGCCAUCGCUCGCCGCUGGUCCUGGCGUAUGACCAGGCGCACUUCUCAGCGCUGGUCUCGAUGGAGCAGAAGCACAGCUCCAAAGAGCAAGUUGUGAUCCCUCUCACGGACUCGGAGCACAAAAUGCUGCCUCUGCACUUCGCUGUGGAUCCUGGGAAAGACUGGGAGUGGGGCAAGGAUGACUCAGACAAUGUGAUGCUUGCAAGUGUGGCUCUUUCUUUGGAGGCCAAGCUCCAGAUGUUACACAGCUACAUGACGGUCACCUGGCUGCCUCUGCCCUGCGAGCAAGCGCCUCUGGCACAGCCCGAGUCUCCCACUGCAUCGGCAGGAGAGGAUACACGCACGCCUCCUGACUCAGGCGAGUCGGACAAGGAGUCAGUCAGCAGCAGCUCCAACGGCAACUGUGACACAACCACGGGAUCAACGACCUUUGGAGGCGGGUCCUUGGCCAAGAACAGCUCCUCGUCCUCAUCUAGUUCCUCUAGCACAGGGUCGGCAGGGACAGGAACAGCAGGGAAGGACAAAACCAAGAAGGACAAGGAUAAAGACAAGAAGAGGGCAGACUCUGUGGCAAAUAAGCUCGGCAGUUUUGGCAAGAGCCUGGGCAGCAAGCUGAAAAAGAACGUGGGCGGCCUGAUGACGGGAAAGAACGCUGGAGCUGGAGGUGCCAAGCAGGAGGGCGGGGAGAAGAAAAAGGGCUCAUUUAGGGGGAGGAAGGGCAGCAAGGAUAGCUCGCCUUCAGCCCAGGCCUCAGAGGAUUCUGGGAAAGGUUCCCCUUCCUCAGGUAGCGAGCGUCUCAACGGAACAGGAAGCAGUAUGAGCAGCAGUGGUGGGAGCAGUAUCGAGAACGAGACCUACAAGUACAGUGCAGAUGUGAAGGUUAGCCUGGGCAUCCUCCGAGCCGCCAUGCAGGGUGAGAGAAAGUUGAUCUUCUCCAGCCUCCUCACCACGAGCAACAGGCAGCCCUUCCAGGAGGAGAUGAUCCAGCGCUACUUGACCGACGCAGAGGAGCGUUUUCGGGCUGAGCAGGAGCAGCAGCGUCGUGAUGUAGAGAGGAAGGGCGUCACCAAUGGCAUCCCGCCAUCCAAGAAGGAGGUGGUUGUUGGUACAGAGCUGAGCUACCGGCCUUAUGAGGCCAAAGAGGUGCUGUCAGAGAACUCGUCCCCUUCCUUCAACCCUCUCAAAUCCUCUCCUUUGAGCCCCUCUAUGUACUCUGGGGUCAUUCCCAUCCCCCGGCCCUCCUUCAUAGAUCAGACUCCUGCUGCCGCACCCCUCACCCAGCAUCUUCACAUGCACGGCUACAAGGAGAAUCGGCGCCAGCUAGCUGGUGGCUCCCCAGUUACCUCCUACCCUGGCCUCCCCUCGUAUGCCACACUUCCGCGACACUGCCCCUCAACACAGGGACCCUCGCACCCACAGUAUAUCCCACAAGGCCCCUCCUCCCUCAGUCCCUCCCGCCUCGUGCCCUCAUACCCCCCAGAGCUCGUCCCACCAGAUUAUCCCGUGUCUGAACCUGCUGCUGCUGGGAGCUACACCAACGGCUUCCGGGACAUCCACCCCAACCUAGACUCUCGGAGUGGGCAACCACCCGUCAGACACUACUCGCUGGGCAGCGCCGGGGGUUUGGCCGGCCUGCCGUCCAGCCGCUGUCGGACACCCAGCUGCACCUACUUCGGACACCCCGAGACGGGCAACUACUGCUCCUACUGCUACCGGGAGGAGCUGAAGAAGAGGGAGCCGGAGCCGGCAAUCCACAGGUUCUGAGCGGACCUUGCUUAUGGCCUGAAUUCGUUGAGUGGCCUUUUCAGUUAAAGUGACGGCUGGGGCGGAUCAGCCUCUGUACGGACAAGAUGAGCGCCGGACAGCUCCCCCCCCCCCCCCCUCUCAGCGGUGUCACCUCCACCUCAGAGCGUGACGGAGAGUCGACUCCAUCACUGAAUGAGCAGGGUGGCGUCUGACUGCAGGGGAGAUGGUAUUAGACGAUAGGAUAAACUAACUGCACUUCUGUUACAUUUUGCUGUGGCUCUUAUGCAGGUGUCGUGUCUGAGUCUGAGUCUGAGUCUGAGUCUGAGUGUGUGUGUGUGUGUGUGUGUGUGUGUGUGUGUGUGUGUGUGUGUGUGUGUGUGUGUGUGUGUGUGUGUGUGUGUGUGUGUGUGUGUGUGUGUGUGUGUGUGUGUGUGUGUGUGUGUGUGUGUGUGUGUGUGUGUGUGUGUGUGUGUGUGUGUGUGUGUGUGUGAGAGUUGCAGGCUCUCCUCCUUUAUCAGAUUUUAAACGCCUUGCUAUUGUCUCCUCCUAGUGGAGGGAAUGUAUGUGGCAGGGGCCGUACAUAACACUUAUCGACACACAGUGCAUGCACACAUACACACCAAGUCAGACUCACACCACACAAACAGCGAUGCAAGCACAAACAAAAAGGCACGAGUGUCUCCUCUCCAUUUGUGGUCCGUGGUGAUGUUCGGGUGGUGAACUAAGGGACGUUUGAGCAUUUUGAAGUCACAUCCCUAGGAGGGUGAUAUCAGUGAUUUCAUUUCACACUACUGUUACUAGAUGCUUGCAUCACACGUACCUCGGGAAACAGCAACAGAGUUAAUGCUUUUUUUUUUGUCGGUCAAAAUUUGCAUAACGCAAAAUUGCAAACUACCGUGCAAUGCUAAUCGUUAAGCGUUCUGUAGGCUGCUGUGGUGCUAAUGUUCCAGGUGGAAAAAAAACGCUAAUGUUCACGCAUCCAACACACCACUGUCCUGCAUCGUUACUAGUAUCUCUCCGGCUGAAACAAACUAUACAUUUUGUCCAAGUCAUUUAUCUAUACAUUGGAUUUUGAAGAUGUCAGCAGUCGGUCUCAUUAUUGACCCGGCGUCGUAGAACAAGAACACAUAGCAACAUAGGUCAAUAGUAAGAAGCUGAUCCCAGAGCCUGAUUGAGAGGGUUUCACAUGUGGUUGGAAUGUUUCUCUAUCGGGUCGUCCUGGUUCUGUUAGAAUGGAUGGUGUUGGGGCGUUUGCUUAUUGUGGCCGACGCAGGUUAUGCAAUACACAAAACACUACAAGGUGAAGAUGUCACAUCCAGACCAGCAGAAAUUGGAGAUGUGUGUCAAUAUAGCGUUUUAAAUAAGGUUUGUUUAAAAUGCCAUGCAAUACAUUUUGGAUUUCAGACGGGUCAAAGUUUCUGGACAGUAAAAGACGAGAUUUGUUAAUUUAACCGUCUGUAGUUGUAAUUGUCUCCAAUUUCUGUUUCUGUGAUGCUGCUUCACAUUCGUUGGAUGUUGAUGCUCAAAACUAAUAAUUCACAUUGCACUGACAAACUCUGGUUCCGAACGUCACGACAAACCCUCGACACUCUGCUGCUGCUUUUAGAAAAAAAACGUUUCUCCUCGUCACGCUAAAGGUUAACGUCACACCCACGGAGGGGACAGCUCACUCCUCAUUGGCUCGGUCGCCCACUGCAAACGUUUCAAAGUUCUACUGAAGGCGGUUUCUCCUGGCAUUUCUCUCGCCCCGAAACCUGAUCUCUCUCUCUUUUUUUGCACAAAGUCAAGCACUUUCCUGAUGUCCGUCGAUACCGUAUGUUUUGCUGUUUUCGGAAGUGGCCUGACUGUCGUCCUGUGUUCAUCUCUGCAGACACUGCCACCUCUGUUCAUGGGAAAUUAGGGGCCUGAGGGGUUUUUCUCCAAAGGAUUCAGUUACUGUAGAGCUACAGCAUUUCGGUGCCAGUGUCACCAUCUAACUCAAUUUCCUAGUUGCCUUUUUUGACAUUUGUCCUCGCGGCAUCACCAUGUAUUUCUUCAGAAAAGAAAAAAAUGACCUAAAUCAAAUAAUCUGCUGCUUGCUUCAUCGCCUGCAGUUCUGACGACUACUGCCCCCUAAAUUUUAACAUAUUAAUAUUAUUUUAAUUUGUGUUGACGCUUUUGAAAUAAUGCCAUUAUUCUCUUUUCAGCCCGGCAGAAAGUAUCACUGAGUUGAUACCAGCUGAUGUUCUGUCUUUGAGUUUUCCUUGUUAUCAUUUUAAGGCUGUUUUUGUUGUGCAAAUGUCAAAAUGACUACUUAAAUACUGAAUAAUCUCCCUUAUGAUAAGCCAUGGUGGAGUGACACUCGCUGCUCCACUCCUCCGGCAUGAAGUCCAGUAGAAAAGCACAAUUUAGUAUGCAAGUCACUGCCUUGCCCAGUUGAGGGCGCCCUUGAUUUAGAUGGUUUUUUCUUUGAACCCAGUAUUUGGAGUUUGCCCUCGUUGCUUGAAAACCCAAACUACAAAAACAAAUGACCAAAAUGUCAGAGGAAUAAAUCUCACGCGUACUAAUUUAACACUAUAACAAUAUGUUUAGGUAUUUUCCAACAAUGCAGAUGCUAUUAAAUGAAGGAGGGAGGCUUUUUUUUUUUUUUUGCCAUGCAUUAAGGACAAUUAAAACACUGUUUCCCAAGAAAACAUUUGCUGUGUUUGUGUGUUGAUGUGUUCAAGCACUAGCAUUUAAAAAAUCCCAUCAAAUGUUCUCUUCCUAUGGGAAAGUGAUGCCUGUUCAACAAAGAAAAAGAAAAGUGUAUGUCCUCCCUCCAAAGUAAUAACUAGCUUGAUGAAUCCAUUUCUUAUUUUUAUUUUUGCAACGCAAACGGAUGCCUCAGAACCGUGUUUAAAAACAUCGGACUCCACAGGCUAGACUUCUUUUGUAUUUAAGAUUAAAAAAAAACAAUGAGAGGUUGUACGAGUAUGUUCCAUGUUAUUUUUGUAAAAGCCCAAAGUUUUACAGUGUUUUUAAAAAGAAAUGGUAAGAAUGUAUAUUGUUGGAUACUGAAGCAGGGACGGACGAUGAGCAUGUACGAGCCGGGGUAGAACUGUUGUUGAAGGCGACUCCCAGACGGCUCCCUCGUUGCAAACUAAUUUCCUUAACGCUGACCUAACGAGAUACCAUUUGAGAAUAUAUAUAUUUAUAGUGAGAUUUUUUUAAUAGGUUUCCUUGUGGAAUGUUUAGUUAAGGCGAGUUAGGAUGUUCUUUCUCACAUGGCUAAUUGUCAUAGCAGUCUAGCUUUUUAUUUGUUGCAUUUUGAUUUGUACAUUUCAUUUCCGUUUUUUUAUCUUUUAUUUUUCUCUCUCCUACCAAACCGACCCAUGCUAUGCUGAAACGUGACGGGAGCGCUCUGGGCGACCCGGCGCGUUUCCUCCGAACCGGAAGAGAAACGGCUCAGAAUUAGUUUUGCAACACAACUGACCCGAGUAUAUUUUUAUAUAUUAUAUUGUAAAAACACUGUCAUUUCUGUGGGAACAGAAUAUUCAUCAUCGGUGACAUUGACAUGGAAAACUUAAGAGUUGCAUGGGACUGGAACUGUUGCAUGCAAACCGCAAUUCAUUUUUUACCAAAUUUGUGCAUUAUUUCAACUUGAUUUCAGAUGUCCUGGUAUUUUGAUCUUGUUUAUUUUUUUUAAUUAUUUCAUUUUGUUUCAUCUUAUUUUUUUAUCUUUUGAAUGUUUUGUCUUUGAGAGGAGAGUCUCCCGAGGCUGUGUGACAGUGCAAUCUGGAUAGAAAGAACAUCAGAUUUUAUGUUAGGUUGUUAUUAUUAUUAUUAUUAUUAUAUUAUUAAUUUUUUGCACCGUUUGAAUAAAUUCUCAUUGUAUUUCAAGAACA